AUGAACGGCAGCCAGCAGCAGCAGCAGCAGCAGCAGCAACUGCAGCAGCAGCAGCAGCAGCAACUGCAGCAGCAGCAGCAGCAGCAGGUGCUGCAGACACACCGCCCAUCAACUACUUCUGAGGCCUUAGGCUGGUCGUGGUCUGAUGAAGAAGCAGAGGCAGCAGUACACCAGCUGCUGCUGCCGCAGCAGCAGCAGCAGCAGCAACAGCACGAGCAGCAGCAGCAGCAGCAGCAGCAGCAGCAGCCGCAGCACGAGCAGCAGCAGCACCACCACCACCACCAACAAGCACAGCAGCACGGAUAUGAAUCCCAUACGGCCUGGAACGCGUUGAACCGCAGCAGUGCCAGCAGCAGCAGCAGCAGCAGCGGCAGCAGCAGCAGCAACAGCAGCAGCAGCAACAGCAACAGCAGCAACAGCAGCAGCAGAGAAGCUGAUGACUUGGGUAUAAGAACAUCCCCCUACCUUCUAUCUUCUCAUCAGCAGCUGCAGCAGCUGGGGGGCGCAGCAGCAGCGUAUCCAUCUGCUGCGUCUGCUGCUUGUGCCUCUGGCAGCAACAGCAGCAGCAGCAGCAGCAGCAACUGCAGCAGCAGCAACAGCAGCAACAGCAGCAACAGCAACAAGCAGAAAGAACAGCCAGGAAGCUCCUUUGUAUCAAUGGGCAGCGGGAUGGGUAGCCGCUGCACUACAGCAGGGAGAAGGCAUAUUAAGGGACCGAAGUUACCUGGGUGUACAUGCAGCUGCCUUUGCUGA